UUGCCCGGCUCGCUGGGCCCUAAGUGCUCACUGACCUGGGGACAAUAUAAAACAGGUCAGAGCCCUCUUGUCUGCCCACUCAGUUCCUUCCAAGAAGCAGCUACUCCAGGAGCAGAAGCACCAUGCGGCCCCGGGUCAUCCUCAUUGCCACCCUCCUGGCUCUCCUGGCCUCUGCCCGAGCCUUGGAGGCCGAGGAUCCCUCCCUUUUGGGCGUCAUGCAGGGCUACAUGCAGCAAGCCAGCAAGACAGCCCAGGAUGCCCUGGCCAGCAUGCAGGAGUCCCAGGUGGCCCAGCAGGCCAGGGACUGGAUGACUGAUGGCUUCUCCUCCCUGAAAGACUAUUGGAGCACACUUACGGGCACGUUCUCUGGGUUCUGGGAUUCGACCUUUGAGGACACACCAGCUCCAGACUCUGAGGCCAUCUGAGCCCUCGACACCCCCAGUUCGCCUGCCCAUCCAUCCCGCUGGCUCUUUGGGUCCUGCAGCUUCCAGGGCUGCCCCCGACACUUGCUUGAAAGGGACAGCAUUCUCAGUCCUCUCACCCCACUCCCCAGACCUGACCCACCUGACCCAGGCAUGCUGUCCUCCCAAUAAACAAGAAGCUGCUGUGA